AUGGAGAUGAACAACAUCACCCGAACUUCUAGCUCUUUGGAGCCCAGAUACCCUCUGGAGAUGCUGCGGCUGCUGUUGCCCCUGCUGUGGGCAGGAUCCCUGGCGGAGGAUGAGGGCCACCAGGUGACAGUGCAGAGGUCCGUGACAGUGCAGGAGGGCCUGUGCGUCUUUGUUCCCUGUACUGUCAUCUAUCGUCGUUACUACUGGACCGACUCUACCCCGGCUCAUGGCUACUGGUUCCGGGAAGGGGCCAAUGAAUUCCAGGACCCUCCAGUGGCCACAAACAACCCCGACCGUACAGCGCAGUACAAAGCGCAGGGCCGAUUCCACCUCGCCGGGGAGCCCCGGGCCUACAACUGCUCCCUGGACAUCAGAGAUGCACAGAGAAGAGACACGGGGACAUACUUCUUUAGAGUGGAGAGGGGAUAUUAUGAGGCAUACAGUUACAAACAGAACCAGCUCUCUGUUCAUGUGACGGCUCUGUCUCAGACUCCUGACAUCUACUUCCAGGGGUUCCUAGAAUCUGGGAACCCCAAGAACUUUACCUGUACAGUGCCAUGGGCCUGUGAGAGGGGGACACCCCCCAAAUUCUACUGGAUUGGGGUCAACAUCACCUCCCUGGAUUCCAGGACUUUCGACUCCUCAGUGGUCACCCUCACACCAGGGCCCCAGGACCACGGCACCAAUCUCACCUGUAGAGUGACUUUCCCAGGAGCUGGCGUGAGCACAGAGAGAACCAUCCAGCUCAAUGUGUAUGGCCCGCAGAACCUUACCAUUCAUGUCUUCAGGGGAAACAGCACAGUCCCAGAGGACCUGGACAAUGCCACCUCCCUGAGAGUCCAGGUGGGCCAGUCCCUGCGCAUUGUCUGUAAAACGGAUGGCAAGCCCCCUGCCAAGCUGAGCUGGUCCCGAGGGAGCCUGGCCCUGAGCCCCUCCAAGCCCUUGGAUCCGGGGGUCCUAGAGCUGCCCCAGGUGGUUUUGUCAGAUGGAGGGGAAUUCACCUGCCGAGCUCAGCACCCAUGGAUCUCCUACCACAUCUCCCUGAACCUGGUUGUGCAGGGCAUCUCUGGGUCCUGUCCCCAGAUCUGUGGGGAGCAGUAG